GUAAGACGCCGGAAGUUGCGGCUGUAAACCGGAAGAUGGCGGGUGAGCGGGUCGGUACAGUGUGAAAAGCUAGUCCGGGGGAAGUCACUGUUGCCGCGGUGUAUGCGCCGUGGCCGUGAUUUUGUGUGAGCCGUCAGAACCUCAGGCCUUCUGACCAGAAAGUGCUCAUCUCUUUCCAGAUACAAACCCUGACUGCUCAGCAAUGACCAGCUCCCCAGUGUCUCGUGUAGUGUAUAACGGGAAGCGGCCCACGAGCAGCACGCGCUCUCCCAGCAGCAGUGAGAUAUUUACCCCAGCUCAUGAGGAGAACGUGCGUUUUAUUUACGAAGCGUGGCAAUCUGUGGAGCGGGACCUAAGAAACCAAGUAUCUGGUGUGGACCGAGGACUUGUAGAAGAAUAUGUGGAGAAGCAGCCAAGCAACAACUUGAAAUCUUUUAAGCCAGUUGAUCUCAAUGAUCUGAAGAGACGAAGCACACAAGACCCGAAAAAGUCAUAAUUCCUUUUUUUCCCUGCGGCUGAUUGUUCGUUCCACUGGCUCAGUUUGGACUCAACAUUCAUUCUCUUCCAUAAAAAUGAAUCGAUGACAUUAAAGGACAACUUUGGGACUGUACUGUGUGGACUUAGCAGAGUUGUCCUUCUCUUGAUCCCCCCCCCCCCCCCCCCCCCCCCCCUUAAACCCCCAAACCCUUUCCCGUUGACAUGUAUGUUCUUCCCUUUACCCCUCCAAGCAUCUGAUGCCCACGUUCUGGUGGAUCGUUGCAAACCCUUUUGAGGAACUGAUUUUGCAGGCGGUAUGUAGUAAUGCUGUUUUGCAUUGUGCUAUACCUGGGUUACUACUUACCCCUACACCAUGCCCUGCAAGAUCGUCAGGCUAUUAAAUGGCUUCUAUCACAGUGUCCGGCUUUUGUCUGCAGUAUGAUCCACAAGAUGUGGUCUUCCCACAAAAUCCCGGUGGCACCACACACCAGUGGAGUUCUACAAGUGUGUUGACUUGACAGUGCUUCAUUAUGCUCUUUUAUAAUUGUCCGAUUCAUUUUCUCUUUUCUACCUGUUCAAAUGGCCAAAUAAACCUGGUAACUUUG